GAGAAUCUUUCUUGUUAAUUAUGCAUUGACAUAAAUUAUGCAAAAUUUGUGAAGUUCUUACGAUAAUAUACAAAAAUUGCAUAAACCGACAAUUAAGUUACUAAUGUCGUUUGAAACUGGACCGAAAGAACUAUUUAUUUAGGAUUUGAAACAUUAACGCUUUCAGGUCAGCCCAUUCACAGUGUACAGCAUUGUACUGACUGCAGAAGAGUUCUUAUAAUCAACAUUUUUACAGAUAUACAACAAGCCUUGUGCAUGUUUUCUUCAAGAAAAAGAUGGAAAUAUUGGAGAUUACAUUUGAUGGUGUUUGUUGUGAUCGGAGUGCUUAUGCUAGGGGAAUACCUUAUUUACUUCCUUUUCUCAUUAUCUUGGAAUAUUCCUUUGAAAAAAUCACCAACUGACUUGAAACUGCUAAUUUUGUCAGAUCCUCAGAUACAGGGUUUUAAGAAUGAAAAAUCUGGAGUUAUUGGUUAUAUCACGAGAUGGGAUGCUUGUCGAUACCUGAAGAAGACAUUUUCAUAUGAUGAGCCAAUAUCAACCAGAUGUUGUUGUCAUUUUAGGAGAUUUGUUGGAUGAAGGAUACGUAGCCUCGGACGAAGAAUUUUUUCAAUAUGAAGAAUGGUUUAAAGAUAUCUAUGAUGUCGAUCCAUCCACAAGGAUUUUAUUAGCUGGAGAUAAUGAUGUUGGUGGAGAAGAUGAACCAAUUGACAUUCACAAACUAAAAAGGCAUGAAAAAUACUUUGGUCCAGUAAAUGAGAUUGUUACUGUCAAGAAUUGGCAAUUUUUUAAAGUGAAUACACUCGGUUUUCUACGAUAUGAAUUUACUUCGCAACAUGAGAAGAAUGCAAUGGAAAGUCUUAACACAUUCAUGGCAACUGCUUUGAGAAAACUUGACAAAAAUAAACACACUUUGGUUUUCAGUCAUCUCCCUUUACGCUACUGGGAUGCAUAUUUUGCAGUGAAGGUAAUGAAUAACAUCAAACCAAAAGCUAUAUUUUCUGGUCAUGAUCACAAGGCAGGAUUUUAUAAAAUAUCAAAAAAUAUAUGUCACAAUUGGAAAUCGGGGAUUUUACAUUGGGAAUUUUAUUUUCAGGCUAAAUACAGAAUGUAUAAAACUGGAAUAUUUUCUACAGAAGAAUAUGUUCAACCCACUUGCAGUUACAGAAUGGGUAGCAUUCAUAUGGGAAUUGGUGUUGUUAUACUGGAAGAAAAUGGUUCUUUCCAUUACACAAUAUUGAAAUUACCUCAAAGAUUUUUUUAUCUUAUUUUAUAUGCUGUAGUGUCAGUUCUAUGUUUGCUGUAUAUUUUACUGUCAGUACUUUGCAAAAUACCAAGAUUUAACUCAUGAGUAAUGUCUCAUGUUGUAAAAUAUAAUGGAUAUGAAAAUUUUAUGAUUACAGUCAAUUGACAUAACUGUGCUCUUUUAGUAAAAUGUAUGUACUGAGCAAUAUUUGAUACCUUUAUAGAAAGAUGUAAUUGUUUGGAAUAAAUUAAUCACUAUCAUA